AGAGAGAGAGGGGAAUUGUUUUAUUCAUGAUCUUUAUUUGAUCGUGUUUUCAGCAGCAGCAGUGUAUCUUGGGAAGACGUCUCUCUGUGUGUGAGAGAUACAGGGAGAGACCGUGCGGGGAUGGAGAAGUGAUGCUGCUGAGUUUAGUUAUUAGGUCUCUCCUCCGGGGCGGUGCUGCUCUCACGUCCUUCUGGGAGUGACGGCAAAGUUUCUUUUUUUUUUCUUUUUUUUUUUUCUUUCAUCCGGGGGCGAUUUCAUUCAUUUGAAAUAUUUCAGAUCGGUUCAGUUCACCUGCGGUUUGCAGGCAGAUCUCGUCGCUGUGGGAGGUUUGAUAGUCCGAAGUGGACGAGGCUGCGGACUACAGCGGGAUCUGACACCCGGAGAGUGUGGAGAUGAACUUUGGAAAUGUACUACUUGUGACUGUCUCAUUCAUCACCAUCACCUCAGGGUCCCGGGCACGGUUUGAGGAUGGCGCGCCCCGGAUAGUGGAGGACCCUUCUGAUCUCAUUGUCUCCAAGGGGGAGCCUGCCACCCUCAACUGCAAGGCAGAGGGCCGACCCACUCCCAGCAUUGAGUGGUAUAAAGAUGGUGAGCGCGUGGAGACUGACAAAGAUGACCCCCGUUCUCACCGCAUGCUCCUGCCCAGUGGCUCCCUCUUCUUCUUACGCAUCGUACAUGGAAGGCGGAGCAAACCCGAUGAAGGCGUCUACACCUGUGUGGCCCGCAACUACCUGGGAGAUGCCAUUAGUCGCAAUGCUUCACUGGAAGUGGCCAUCCUGAGAGAUGAUUUCCGGCAGGCCCCGAGUGAUGUGGUGGUGGCUGUCGGCGAGCCUGCUGUGUUAGAGUGUGUGCCUCCACGUGGCCACCCCGAACCCACCGUGUCCUGGAAACGCAACAACGCCCGGGUCAGCACCAAGGAUGAACGCAUCACUAUUCGUGGCGGCAAACUGAUGAUCUCUCAUACCAGAAAGAGCGACGCUGGCAUGUAUGUUUGUGUGGGCACAAAUAUGGUCGGAGAGAGGGACAGCGACCCUGCGGAGCUGGUGGUGUACGAACGUCCCGUGUUGGUACGAAGGCCAGUGAACCAGGUGGUCAUGGAGGAGGAGACGGUGGACUUCCUGUGCGAGGUCCACGGAGAUCCUCCUCCCACUGUGCGAUGGCGCCGGGAGGAAGGAGAGCUUCCCCGCGGGAGGUUUGAAAUCCGAAACGGCAACAGUCUGCGUUUGUUCCGUGUGAAAGAGCAGGAUGAAGGGACAUACACCUGCACAUCUGAGAACAGUGUGGGCAAGACAGAGGCCUCGGCCAUGUUGCAGGUCCACGUUCCACCUCAGAUUGCAUCAAAGCCCCGGGACCAGAUUACCACCCAAGGAAGGAGCAUCACCUUCCAAUGCGGCACCACAGGAAACCCCCCACCUGCCAUCUUCUGGCAGAAAGAGGGCAGCCAGAUGUUGCUGUUCCCCGGCCAGCCGCCGUCACAGUCUGGUCGUUACUCUGUGUCCAUGAGCGGAGAGCUGACGAUCACUGACGUCCACCCCGACGACUCUGGUUUCUACAUCUGUCAGGCCAUCAGUGUAGCAGGAAGUGUGUUGACCAAGGCGCUGCUGGAGGUGGAAGGAGGCCCCUCAGGUCGUGUUCCGCCGAUCAUUCGCCAAGGUCCGUCCAAUCAGACUGUGUCUCGGGGUGAGACCGCACAGCUGCACUGCCGUGUAAUCGGAGGACCAUCAGUCAAGAUUUCAUGGGAGAAAGAUGGAGAGAGUCUUCAGGGAAAUAAACCAAGACUGACCUUGAUGGAGAAUGGCACUUUGCAAAUCACAGACUUAGAGGACACGGACUCUGGGAUGUACAUGUGCAUGGUGUCCAGCGUGACAGGGGAGACGAGCUGGAGUGGGAUGUUGACCGUCAGAGAAGAUGGAUUCUCUCCAGGAUCUAGAGUUUCUGAGUUCAUCCAGCUCCCAGGGCCUCCGCAGAAGCCCGUGGUGACGGAGGUGACCAAAAACACUGUCACGCUCACCUGGCAGUCCAACCCACACGAAGGCGGUGCCGCUGUCACCUCCUACAUCAUCGAAGCGUUCAGCCAAUCGGUGGGCAGCACCUGGCAAACAGUGGCAGACCACGUGUGGCAGGAGCGACACACAGUUAUCGGACUCUUCCCCAACACUGUCUAUCUCUUUAUUGUCCGAGCGGUAAACUCUUAUGGCCUCAGUGACCCCAGCCCCAUCUCCGAGGCUGUCAGGACGCAGGAUGGGAGUCCCACAGAACAAGGUGUGGACCACAGACAGGUGCAGAGAGAUUUAGGGGAGGUGUCUGUCUACCUGCAGAAGCCUGCGGUUCUCUCUCCCACCAGUGCCAGGAUUUCCUGGACUGUCGCCCGUCAGUCUCGGUAUGUUCAGGGUUACCGGGUUUUUUACCGGACUAUCGGCAACUCCUGGUUGGUCCAGGAUGUGGAGGCCACGUCUGACCAUAGUACCGUCCUAGAAGAUCUGCACAGCAGUACAGAGUACGAGGUCAAGAUACGCCCUUACUUCAAUGAGCUCCAGGGACAUGACAGCCUCAUGGUUCUGCUGCGAACCCCCGAGGAAGUUUUAAGUGCUCCUCCACAGGCUGUAUCAGUGGUGCAGCUCAUCAACAGCUCCAGUAUCAGCGUGUCCUGGGUGCCCCCACCUCAUAAUAUUCAGAGUGGCAUCAUUCGAGAGUACAAGGUCUGGUGUCUGGGCAGUGACGUGGAUCAAGAGAAUCAGAUAAACCGGACAGUGGAUGGAGCGGUCCUGUCCAUCCUGCUGACAGGGCUGCUGCCCGACGUCCACUACUCUGUCAUGGUGGCUGCUGUCACCAGCCUGGGUGUGGGCGCUCAAAGCCCGUCUGUCAGCCUGCUUCUCACUUACCCACUGGACAAGGCGUCAAUGCCGGUGAAGAAAGGUGGUCAUCUCAGCAUAUCAGAGCAGAUCACAAGCGUAGUGCGCCAGCCGGCCUUCAUCGCAGGACUGGGCGUGGCCGCCUGGUUGGUGCUGACGGGCUUCAGUGGUUGGCUGUACUGUCGCCACCGCAGGAGGAAGCAGCUGGGACACUACACCACGUCCUUCGCAUACACACCGGCAGUCGGCUUUGCUCACAGUGAAGGAUCUGGAAUCAUAAACAGAGGGCCUGGAUUGAUGGGAUCAAAUAUGGGAAACUACCCCUGGUUGGCCGACUCGUGGCCCACUCCGAACCCCACUCAUAACAGCAAAGACUCAGUCAACUGCUGCUCUGGCAAACUGGACCCAGACAGAUAUUACAACACAGUCGGUAUCGCCAACUACCCGACCCAGUCAGAAAAGCACAGCACGGCGUCCAACGACAGUCCCAUCUACAGCACCAUCAACACGGCUGCUGAGGACGACCUGCUCGCCUACUACGACACCUACUCCAGCACGUCCUACAACCAGGGUCCAGACCCAUACAGCAGCAACCCAGUGCUGUCAAACAGUGGACUCGUGGGUCUGGGGCAGGACCUGGACCAGUGGACCAUCCAGUCUGGUCAGUCUGGGUCUGAAUAUGCCAAGCUCCAGUACACCAAGAAAAGCAAUGACAAACUGGUAAAGCAGAAGUCGACCGGAUCCUCAUCCAAGUCGGCUCCUCUCACCUGGGCGGAUGUCCUGUCGCUUCCUCUUCCUGCCAACAAAGAGAAGGGUCAUACAAGGACAGACAAUGACGAGGAGCAACACAGCUCUGAGGAGGAAGGCGACGACUGGUGUCCACCGUUACCCGCCAGAACCUACCUGAUGGACACUUCCAGGGAGGAACUCUCCAGCCUGCCCUCCAAAACAGACGAUCUCUCCUACGCAGCAACACUGAUGGCUCCUCCUCAGCAAGGCACACACAGGUCCAGCGACAGUCCGCGACUACAACACUUUGACUUCUUGACCCGUCACCUUGGCUCCCAAGUGUCCCAGUCCAACCCAGAUCUAUUUACCAAUACCAAGGCCCAGGAUGUCAAUCAGAUGUACCACACCAGCCAAUGGGCGGAACAUUUCAAGGGGGAAAGCUACAGUAAAGGACAAUCUCCUGCUCCAGCUGCCGAGUGGAGCCCCGGAGCCCAGGCACACAGAUCCAGGAGUAAGAAGAAAAUGUCCAAGGAAGGACAACUCAAGCGAGAGCUACACAGCACAGCAGAACUCCCCCCUCCACCAGCCCCUCCCCCUACAGAUGACUCCCUGCAGCUCCUGGCAGAUGUUUUGGGCCGCGCCCGAACAGACAGUGAAAGAAAAGAGGGCAGCGAUUCGCCUACUCCUCCGAGGAGGGCCGAACACUUCUCUCCCCAAAGGAGAGGGUUACAGGAUGAAAAUAUAAUCCCAUAUGGCCAGUCCAGCUUCCUGCCCAAGGUCCAGAUGUCAGGCUACGGGUCCCUGGGUGGAGGCGUCUUUCCGCGCCCCUCGACUGCUGGCUGCAGGAGAGAUGUGAACAUCAUGUAAACAGAAGCUGGUCUCAUUUUCCCCUCUGAUUUCCUGUCUUUGCAAACCAUCAAUCUGUUGCCAUGGUAUCCUAUGAAAAACUGAAGAGAAAAGGGAAAGCGUCAAGGCCUGCCAUCUGCCUUUUCACAAACAAUUUGUAUUCUUUUUUUAUUUGAACGAUUUACUCUUUAUUUUUUGUGAUCCCCCUUCCCGCUCCUCCUUGUAUAUAGACAUCUUUGCAAUUUUUAAAAGAUGAUGAUGAAAUAUAACAGUAGAGUAAAUCUGGAGGGGGGUAAAGUAUUGAAUUUUCAGCCAAUGGGAAGUAAAUGUAAUUAUUACAUUAUUGCUGAAUGUAUUUUCGGUUUACUGCUGACCAUUAAAACCACGAUGGUGUGUGUGUGCGUGCGUGCGUGCGUGCGUGCGUGCGUGCGUGCGUGCGUGCGUGCGUGCGUGCGCGCGUGUGUGUUUGUGUGUUUGAUAAAAAACUGGAAAGAUGGCAGAAGAUUCGUUUAUAACCCAUCAUGUUGGUGUGUGUGUGUUUGAGUGUGCGUGUCAGUGCAUGUGUGUGGUGUUUUUAUGUGUUACUGUUUUAAUCCCUCAUCUCUGUGUGACUGUACCGUGGUAUAUCUGUAGAUCACCAGUGUGUUGUCAAGCUUUUUAAACUGACCAAUAAAACAUUUGUUACAGAA